AUGUUUGUCAACACCAUGUUCCUCGGCAUGUGGUGCUACGUGUACAUCCUGUGGGCGCAGUACUGGAAGUACGCAGAGACCCACGCACCGGAGCGGAAGCAGCGCACGCCGCCGCGUGGGCGGGCGUGGGACGACAUUGACGCCGCAGCUGCUGCGCGGAUGUUCCCCUUGCAGUUCAGCGAGGAGUUCGCCAUCUUGGAAGAGCCGAUGAGUGGCAACGGCAGUGCCGUGGCAGUCGACAGAGCAAAGAGCUACAAGACUCAGCUGCUGGUGCAGCUUCGAAAUGCCUUGCUUCAAGAGGCGCGGGGCAAGACCAAUCGCUAUGGGGUGAAAUACAUGGGAAAACGAUUGAAGCUGUCGGAGCGAAAGUCGAUAGCCGGGCUGAUGUGUGAGCUGAAAAACGAAGUGACGCUUCGGACUCUGGGGAGAAAAGACGAGCCGUUCAAGACGACUGGCAUGGGGAAAUUCUUCCCGGAAGGCCAGUUUCUGCAAGGAGAACGUUUCAAUUCUUGCGCAGUUGUCACCAACGCUGGGUCUCUGCUGGGGUCCAACCUUGAUGCUCAUGAAGUGGUGAUGCGAUUCAACCACGCGCCAGUGACGGGAUUUGAGAAAGACGUCGGGACCAAGACGACCUUCCGGGUCAUCAACUCGCAGAUAGUAUCGAAACCCAAGUUCGACUUCCUCAACUCUCCGCUGUACCAGAAUGUCUCAGUCCUGGCCUGGGACCCGCCCAAGUACCGCGGCAGCCUUUUCGAGGUGAGUACUGGUGAAUGA